UUAUUUUAUUUAGGGCUUUGGGCUCCUCACUUUCUUGCGAAGAGCAUGAAGCUCUUCAUCGAGGUGGAGGUCGGCCCCGAUGAGAUCCCCCUCGCGACGGAGCUCUUCAAGACGCUCAGGCUCCUCACCGAUCACGUCAAGACCCGGGAUCUCAAGAAGCUCUUCACGCCGCUGAUAUUACGGCUCAAAGAUUCCAGCGAGCUGGAUCGCGUCGCUUCUGAGAUCACGCUUGUGCUCACGGAGCUAGAAUCAUCAGAACUGGUCUUUGACGAAUUGAUUGGAGCCUUUGAAGAUGUAGUCUUUAGCCGGGAAAUGGUGAUGCGCCAAGAAUCCGUGGUGCCAUACAUGCUACUGUUUCCAAGGCUACCAGAGCGUUUGAUAGUGAGGAUGAAAGAGACAUUCAUCCCAAAGGUUUUGAAGCACCUCACCUUGAAGCGAUCCAUCGAUGCGAGUCGAAUGGAGUUCUUCUCCUACGCUGAAGCAUUUGCUUCUAUAGUUCAAAUGGAGUUUGUCCCUCUCGUUGGAGCCGUUCAAUCCAUCGUUCAACUUCUUCGCAAGCAAGAGACCCGAUGUGCAGCGGUAACAAUGUUGGGGAAGACUGUGGAGCUUUGCCUACAACAGCUGAAUGAGAAGUGUGAUCUUACGACACUCUCGGACUUGCGGGCUGCUGUUCACAACGUCACCGAGGGGCAUUUUGUAUACGACAUAAAUUACAUUGAGGAAAGCAUGGGAUGGAAUCUCAGUCCUACCUCGGUUGUGACUUCGCCGAGGCCGGUCCAUGAAACUCCAGUGACACAGUCAGUUUCAGGGCUUCAUGCUGUGGACUCCUUUCAUGGACACAAAAACACUGUUUUCACCAUGGCUUAUGACAGCAGGCGAGACCAGCUACUGACUGGUGCCAAAGACGGGUCCCUCAUUGUUUGGUCUUGUGACGGACAAGUAAACUCACCUUUUGCUCUUGUUUCUGAUCGUAUAAACUUACGCUGUUUGUCACUGCAGCUUUUGAAUCAUAUAGAAAUGCCGCACCACUAUGCGUGCUCCAUGGACGUUCAAGUAUCCUCCCAAUCGCUCCUUGUUUGUGGUGUUGCAAGAGAGGGUGCACUUCCAAAUCGAAGAUUACCUCCUCCGUGCAUUUUUCGCUAUGGAGCCGGAGGAGUAGGGGGUCUAGGCUGGAAAGAGAAAGGAUGUCUUCCAAGAGAAACGACAACUUUGAUAGCGUGCAUUAAGGCAUUAGGAGCCCUGGAGCCGUCUUUUAUUACGGGAGAAACCACAAAAUCAGGACCAAGUGAUGUUUGUGAGCAAAAGGUCUGCUACUACGAUCUUCAGUCCUCAACUUCCUUCACGAAUUUGAAGCCUCUAAGGCAGUACGUGGAGCAUGAGGACCUGAUAACUUGUUUAUCUCUAUUCCCUCCAAACCCAAACAUCUUCAUGUCGGCCUCGAGAGACUGCACAAUCCGCGUCUGGGACCGUCGUGCCGAUCGCUGUACAGGUAUGUUUGGAGCUCUGCGAAGCACAGGCCGGUUGCAAGCCCACGACGCGAUGAUUACGUGCCUGGAUGCAACCGACGCAAACAUGAUCGUGUCUGCGAGCAUGGACAAGUUUAUCCACCGCUGGGACUACCGGACGCUGUCGAACCAGGCUUCGAGCGUUCCCGUCUCGUCCAUGCAAAUCGACGACAGUGGCAUCCUCAAGCUAGCUCUAAAGCCAGGCACGGGGACCGCCGCGAUAAGCACUCUUCGUGGGCUUUACUUUGCGGACUUCUUCAUGCCUCGGCCCUCCGCCCGACUCGCGCAGCUCUUCCCGGAUGGCCGCCAUGUUGGAAUGUACCAUGAUCUCAAAUGGUCCACCGCGAAGAACGUUCUUUACGCCGCUGGAGACGAUACCAGGAUCGAUGUUUACUCGUUUCGACCAUAGAUAGGUAGCUUCGCAUCUUCGAUCGCUAACUGGAAUUUUUUCCUUUUUGCCAAGAAUUUGCUACGAUCGUUAUUCUCUGUGGUAAACUCUUACAUGAUUUUAUCCAGUUGUGACCAACUUUUACCAA